CCUGAAAACGUGAUGCUGUUGAAUAGUCAGAGUAGAGUUGUUAAGCUCAUAGACUUCGGGCUUUCGAGGAAAAUAUUACCAGGAGCAGAGGUUCGGGAGAUGCUAGGGACCCCGGAGUUUGUAUCUCCUGAAGUAGUGAACUAUGAACCUCUCUCUCUGAACACUGAUCUAUGGAGCAUAGGCGUCAUAACUUAUAUCAUGUAAGCACAGAUAAUUAGAAGAGAGGAACAAAUGGAUAUUCUGGCUCAGCGUAAUAAUACGUAGUUUUACGUAAUUCUACGUGACAUUAGUGUGUCAUUAUAGAUUCACAACGAAACACUUUAAAUCUUAAAA